CCAAAAUACUUUCUGAACAGAAAGUAACUUCUUCCUAUCCCACUUAUUUCUACUUGUUAUGUCGAAAAGAAAAAAACAAAGGGAGUUAUUUUAAGAACACCCACAAUAAGAAGAAGAUGAUUCAGGAUUGACACCAUCUUUUAGGGUUUGAACUUCCAAUCCACAUUAAGAACACCAUAUUCUAGGGUUUCCGAACUUCCGCUUACCACUAAUUACGAAACAAUUUACUGUCAUCGAUUCAUUUCUGCUGAAAAAAUUCUUAACGAUGGCAAAAGCACUGGUUAUAGAUCAGAAUCUGACAUCAACUCUACAAAUCAAUGAGGAGGAAGAAGAAAAAGAAGACAGUGGGUAUGAUGCUGAUGUCACAGGUAACAAAAUUCCGGAGGAAACUAAUACCAGUAAUAGUAACACAGGAGCUAGACGAGGAGGAAGUCGUAAUAACGCUGCAACAGCUUUGAAGUCAAAAGCCAGUGAACUUACUCUUUCUUUUGAAGGCAAAGUUUAUGUCUUUCAUAAAGUUAAUCCAGAAAAGAUUUGGAUAAACAGGUGCAAGCUGUGCUUUCAAUACUUGGAGGGAGUGAUAUACCUGAUGGUAUGCCUAAGCAUUGACACACAUUUCCAUAUAAUCAUCGUGAUGGGCGGGCAAUGCCCACGCUGCUUGAAUGGUUCUCGCAGAAUUGCUUCUUUAGUUAGAUUUCGUGAAAAACGGAAAGACAGAUAUUAUGACAAGAAGUUUCGGAACAAUGCUCAUAAGAAGGUGGAACAGAAGAUGGAUAAGAAAAGUACAAAAUCUCCAAUUGAACUUAAUGAGACCUUCCAAACCGGAGGCAAUAUUCUUAUGGAAACAAAUAUUGGAGUUUCAAAGGAUAUUGAGGUACCAAAACUUGGCAUGAUUUUCCAGUCAGAUGAUGAAGCAUACGACUUUUACAAUCGUUAUGCUAGAUCCGUGGGAUUUAGUAUAAGGAAAAGUUCAUCCACACAUCGUUCAGAUAAGACAGUCUCGAGAAGAAUUUUUUGUUGCUCUAAAGAAGGUGUCUAUCGUGAACAUUCAAGGGGUGCUCCCAUGAAACCACGGUUACAAACACGAACUGAUUGUAAAGCAAGACUUGUGAUCAGAAUACAAGACGAUGGAAGUUAUUCAGUGGCAGAAUUUGUUCUUGAACAUAACCACGAACUUGUUCCUCCAUCUGAAGUUCACAUUUUGAGAUCACAUAGAAAGAUGCGAGAAGCCCAGACUGGAAUGUUCAACAAUUUGCAGCUUGUAGGAACUGGAGCCACUGGAUUUUACUCGUAUAUGAGUGCAGAAGAUGGAAAAACCCACAAUCUCAGUUUCACACAAGUGGAAUCAUCUAAUCACUUAGAUAAAAGAUCUAAAAACAUUUUGAUGACGGGAGAUGUGCAAAUCAUGUUAGAUUAUUUCAAUUGCAUGCAAAAGGAGAACCCAUAUUUCUUCUAUUCAAUACAAAUGGACGGUAAUAACCAAAUUUGCGGUUGUUUUUGGUCUGAUGCUAAAUCACGGAUCGAUUAUAGCUUUUUCGGUGAUGUGGUAUGGGUUGAGACCACAUUCAGGACUAGUGAUUAUGAUAAGCCAUGUGCCUUAUUUGUUGGUGUGAAUAAUCACGGGCAAGCAAUUCCCUUUGGUUGUGCACUGUUGUGGGAGGAGACUGCAGAAUCUUUUGUAUGGUUGUUCCAAACAUUUUUGGAAGCAAUGAAUGGAAAACCACCCGAGUCAAUUUUUACAGACCAAGCCCCACAGAUAUCUGAUGCUGUUGGACGAGUACUUCCUAUGUUCGUGGCAUAUCUAUGAAAAUGCUUUGAGGCACCUCUCUGAUGUGUUUG